AUGAAGGGCAUAAAUCUUUUGUGGUCAUUACUGAUCAUUGGACCAGUGAUAGUAAUUGCCAGGCAACCUCUAAAUAACAACGUCGAUUGUCGCCAACAAUCGGAUGGUGCAUAUUUAACAGAUCCACGAAGUUGUUCGCACUAUUACAUAUGCUAUCAGGGUCAACGUUAUCGCCAACGCUGCCCCCAGGGCUUGUUCUACGAUGCCCAGGCGAGGAUGUGUAAUAUGGCCGGUUUGGUUAAAUGUGUCCAGCUGAGACGAAUGGCAUUGAGAUUGUUGGAAUAUGUCGAGGAAAAGAAGGCCGCAACAACAGAUUGUGGAAAUGUAGAGACCACAACACCACCACCCCCAGCUGGGGAUUGUAAAACUACGACAACUACUAAGAAACCAUGUCAUCCUGUAGAAACUACAACAACUCCGUGUCAUGUACCUACAACAACAACGACGACGACAUGUCAUCCAAAUUCGCCAACCACAACUACAGGAUCCUCAACUGAAUCUAGCACAACCACAGGACCCUCAACAGAUUCUACCACGACCUCUGAAUCCACGACAACAACGACAUGUCAUCCAAAUCCGCCAACCACAACAACAGGACCAUCAACUGAAUCCACCACUACAGGACCCUCAACUGAAUCCACAACCACAGGACCCUCAACUGAAUCCACCACCACAGGACCCUCAACAGAAUCUACCACCACAGGACCUUCAACAGAUUCUACCACGACCACUGAAUCCACGACAACAACGACAUGUCACCCAAAUCCGCCUACCACAACUACAGGACCGUCAACUGAAUCAACAACCACAGGACCCUCAACUGAAUCCACCACCACAGGACCCUCAACAGAUUCUACCACGACCUCUGAAUCCACGACAACAACGACAUGUCACCCAAAUCCGCCAACCACAACUACAGGACCCUCAACUGAAUCCACCACUACAGGACCCUCAACUGAAUCCACCACCACCUCAGGACCCUCAACAGAUUCUACCACGACCUCUGAAUCCACGACAACAACGACAUGUCACCCAAAUCCGCCAACCACAACUACAGGACCGUCAACUGAAUCCACCACCACAGGACCCUCAACUGAAUCCACCACCACAGGACCCUCAACAGAUUCUACCACGACCUCUGAAUCCACGACAACAACGACAUGUCACCCAAAUCCGCCAACCACAACUACAGGACCCUCAACUGAAUCCACCACCACAGGACCCUCAACAGAUUCUACCACGACCUCUGAAUCUACGACAACAACGACAUGUCACCCAAAUCCGCCAACCACAACUACAGGACCCUCAACUGAAUCCACCACCACAGGACCCUCAACUGAUUCUACCACGACCUCUGAAUCUACGACAACAACGACAUGUCACCCAAAUCCGCCAACCACAACUACAGGACCCUCAACUGAAUCCACCACCACAGGACCCUCAACAGAUUCUACCACGACCUCUGAAUCUACAACGACAUGCCACACAAAUCCGCCAACCACAACACCUUGCAAUUUACCCCCAACAACCACCACCACCCCGGCCAAAUCUCCCUGUGAUACAACAACUCCUUCACCAACUACAGGACCUUCAACUGAAUCCACAACCACAGGACCCUCAACUGAAUCCACCACCACAGGACCCUCAACUGAUUCUACCACGACCUCUGAAUCUACGACAACAACGACAUGUCACCCAAAUCCGGCAACCACAACCACAGGACCUUCAACUGAAUCCACAACCACAGGACCCUCAACUGAAUCCACCACCACAGGACCCUCAACUGAAUCUACCACCACCACAGGACCCUCAACUGAAUCUACCACCACCUCAGGACCCUCAACUGAUUCUACCACGACCUCUGAAUCUACGACAACAACGACAUGUCACCCAAAUCCGCCAACCACAACUACAGGACCCUCAACUGAAUCCACCACCACAGGACCCUCAACAGAUUCUACCACGACCUCUGAAUCCACAACGACAUGCCACACAAAUCCGCCAACCACAACACCUUGCAAUUUACCCCCAACAACCACCACCACCCCGGCCAAAUCUCCCUGUGAUACAACAACUCCUUCACCAACUACAGGACCUUCAACUGAAUCCACAACCACAGGACCCUCAACUGAAUCCACCACCACAGGACCCUCAACUGAAUCUACCACCACCACAGGACCCUCAACUGAUUCUACCACGACCUCUGAAUCUACGACAACAACGACAUGUCACCCAAAUCCGGCAACCACAACUACAGGACCUUCAACUGAAUCCACAACCACAGGACCUUCAACUGAAUCCACAACCACAGGACCCUCAACUGAAUCCACCACCACAGGACCCUCAACUGAAUCUACCACCACCUCAGGACCCUCAACUGAUUCUACCACGACCUCUGAAUCCACGACAACAACGACAUGUCACCCAAAUCCUCCAACCACAACUACAGGACCCUCAACUGAAUCCACCACCACAGGACCCUCAACAGAUUCUACCACGACCUCUGAAUCCACAACGACAUGCCACACAAAUCCGCCAACCACAACACCUUGCAAUGUACCCCCAACAACCACCACCACCCCGGCCAAAUCUCCCUGUGAUACAACAACUCCUUCACCAACCACUACUCCUCCCUGCCCACUAAAGGCUAGACAAGAAGAGGAACUUCUACCAGUUAGAAUAUCUCCAAGACAGGCUCCCCUAUUGAAGGCCAGAAUAGAAACCCCGGAAGGUUAUUCCUUGCCUCGACUACAUCCGGUCUGUGUUGGCCAAACCUAUGGCACCCUGGUACGUGAUCCCAACGAUUGCAGUAAAUUCCAUGCAUGCCUGACGGAACGUAGCCUUGAAUUUAAAUGUCCCAGUGGCCUCUAUUUCGAUGAGACGAAAAUGGUUUGCAAUUUCCAGCGUUACGUUAAAUGCAGCAUCGCGAAUGAUAACAACCACAACUAA